UCUGAAGGGAUGUAUCGAUCUAUCUAUCGCUCGCCUUGCUCCGCGUAGAGAGAGCAGCCAUUCAAUAACUCAAGAUCCACAUCAACCUACUAAAGAACUUUGAAAUCUCAAUCUGUUUGUUAUCAAUUCGAUCGUCCCAUCCCUGGUCGUCUCCAAUCUCUCCUUACCAGGAUGUCGUCGGGUAAAAACGAUGAGGGUCAUACUCAGGAUGCUACAGAAAGACUCAAGGCUGCAGCACUAACGGCUGCAAAGGGUCUCAGCCGUGCUCAGGCUGAGCGAGCAGCAGCAGCAGCAGUUAGAAACGUGAAUGCUUAUGGGCAAAAGGAAGAAGGACCAAGUAGAUGGCAAGAAAGGAAGGAAGCCAAAAGGCAGAUGUAUCUGAUGAGUACUGAGAAACAAGUUAGAUUGGGUGAAAGGAAGGAAUCUAUGGCUAAUGUUGGAAAAGCUGUUGCGACGUGUCAAAAGUGUUUCCAACCUGGUCAUUGGACAUACGAGUGUAAGAACGAACGCGUUUAUAUCUCACGACCUUCUCGUACUCAGCAACUUAAAAACCCUAAGCUUAGGAUGAAGUUAUCAAUUACUUGUGAUUUGGAUGAUAAUGGUGAUGAUGGUCUGAAAGAAGAACCGGUCAAGAAAAGUAAAAGGAAACAUAAGUCUGGGAAGAAAUCGGAAAGUGAUAGUGAGGCUUCUGUGUUUGAUUCGGAUAGCUCGUCGGGUAGUGGUUCUGAGAAUUCUUCGGGGAAGAGCGAUCUGAGCUACAGUUCAUCGUCGGAUUCUGAGGAAGAGAGGAGGAAAAAGAGGAAGAAGAAGAAACAGCAGCAGAGGAAGAGGAGGCAUAGACGAUACAGUUCUACUUCUGAAUCUUCGGAUUCAGAAUCUGAAUCAGACUCGGAUUCUGACAAGGGUAGUAGGAAGAAGGGUAAGAGACACAGCAAAAGGCGCAAUUAGAAAGAAAAACUUGGCUAUUGUUGCUGGCGGGUGAAUCAUGUAUGCUUGCUGUAUUUUGGAUAUGAUCUUCUCUUGCUGUUUUAAAAGCUUAAUAUAGUCAGGAUAUUGUUUCUUUUUUGUUUUACUAUAAUGGAGACUACCUUUGAAUGUUUGGCA